ACUAAACCCCCCCAAAUGUUAAUUACUCUAGCACAAAUAGAUGACAAGAGAACUGACACUACCACUGGCCAACCUCAAGUAUCCAGUCAAGCAUUAGUAACAAGUCAGAAAGAGGUGAUCAGCCAAACUGGUCACAUCUUAGAUGCUACUCAACCGUCAAUAAGUGAGCCAGAGCCGAGUCAAGCAACCUUAUUUAACCAGACAGCUGUAGAUAGCCAGGCAGCAACUGAAAACCAUACAGAAGCAGCUAAAUCAGCACCUGAUGCUGAAUCCCCACAAUGCUUGUUGCUAGAUAGUGCUCUUCCUUUCUGCUCCUACAUGGUUGGAGAGAGGUUUGUUGUGCCCAAUUACUUAAACCAGAGUAGUUUGGAGGAAGUCCGAGCACUCCUGAAUGAGUGGGCAUGGCUGUUGAGGUCACAUUGCCACCAUAGCCUGGAGUGGUUUUUCUGUCUUCUCUUGGUACCAAAGUGUGGCUCUCUGGUCCCGCUACCACUGUUGCCUUGCCAGAGUUUCUGCGAAGUCUUGCGGGACAGUUGCUGGACGCUCCUGGACGAGGGACGCCUCCCUGUGGAGUGCCAUACUCUACCAGAUGAGGAGGAUGAUGGGUAUCGGUGCUUGUCAAUUAGUAACCAGAAAGAAGACAGUGGAGUCUCCCUGCUGCAGCUGAUUGGGGAUCCUCCUCCAAGUGAGAUCACCCGAGUCUAUGGACCAGACAACAUGCCUGCUUACGUCUUUGGCCCAAAUGCUAACACGGGCCAGCUGGCACGCGCCCACCUCCCAAGCCCAUUCUAUCGGGACUUUGCCCUCAUCUUCAACCUGAAGCCCACCUCUGACAGGGGUGGUGUCAUCUUCUCCGUCACAGAUGCCUCACAGCAGAUCAUGUAUGUGGGUGUUAAACUGUCACCCGUGCAGGGCGGCAACCAGAAUGUCAUCUUAUACUACACGGAGCCCGACUCACAGAAGUCCUACGAGGCAGCUAGGUUCCUUGUGCCCUCCUUGAGGGACACCUGGACCAGGUUUGCUAUUGCUGUGAGGGAUGACAAGGUGAUGUUCUACCUCAACUGUGACUCAGACCCUCAGGUGAUGCGCAUCGAGAGGUCUCCAGACGACAUGGAGCUGGAGGGUGGUGCUGGGGUGUUUGUCGGACAAGCUGGAGGAGCUGAUCCUGAGAAGUUCCUGGGUGUGAUCGGUGAGCUGAGGGUGGUGGGAGACCCCCGUGCUGCAGAGAGGCACUGUGAAGAGGACGAAGACGACUCCGAUAUGGCUUCAGGAGACGGAAGUGGCUUUGAGGAAACCAGGCCACGAAAACCAGACAUGGAGAAACACAGAUGGACGACUACCCCUCCAUCUUCUCGUCCCAUUCAGCAGCCACCCCUGACAAGGACAGAGGACGUACCCAUUGCAAGAGAAACAGGGCCAGUAGGGUCUAAAGGAGAGAAGGGCGACAGAGGAAUGAAAGGAGAUAGGGGUCCAAUUGGGCCGAAGGGAGAGGCAGGCUCUGGCUCCAGCUCACGAGGUGGAGCCCGUGGAGAGAAGGGAGAACCUGGAGAAAAGGGAGCAAAGGGCAGUGCAGGCUUUGGCUAUCAAGGGAAAAAGGGUGAUCAAGGCCCACCUGGCCCCCCUGGUCCCCCUGGCCCUCCAGGAUCUGCAACCGAGUAUUCGGUUGGCAGUGACGGCUCAGUUGAUUCAAGAGUCCCUGGACCCCGAGGACCACCUGGGUCACCAGGCCCCAAGGGAGCACCUGGAGAGGAUGGAGAGCCAGGUGAUCCUGGUGAGGACGGAAAAACUGGCCCUGAAGGACCUCCAGGCUUCCCUGGAACACCAGGAGACCCUGGAGCCAGAGGAGAGAAGGGAGACCGUGGAGAAGGCCAACCUGGCCCCAGGGGACCCCCAGGACCUCCAGGACCCCCAGGACCUGGAUUCAGAUCUACCUUUGUGGACAUGGAAGGUUCAGGAUUCCCAGAUUUGGAAUCUAUUCGGGGAUUGCCUGGGCCACCCGGGCCUCCUGGUCCUCCUGGUCCACCCGGUCCCUCUACAGGUGGCACAGCAGGGAGUUCUGGAGCAUUUGGACCACCAGGAAGGGAUGGAGCACCUGGACAACCUGGCUUGCCUGGUUUACCAGGUACUGAUGGCCUCCCUGGAGCUCCUGGUCCCAAGGGAGAAAAGGGUGAUUCAGGUGAGCUGGGUCUUCCAGGAGUAGUUGGAGCAAAGGGAGCUCCAGGAGACCGUGGUUUACCAGGACCUGCAGGAGAUCCUGGACUGGCUGGUCUGCCUGGACCAAUUGGACCGGCUGGGCCCCCCGGUCCUCCCGGACCUCCUGGACCAAGUUAUCGUGUUGGAUUUGAUGACAUGGAAGGAUCUGGUGGGGUUUUCACCAAUGGGCUUCCUGGUGUCAGAGGACCAGAAGGAGUACAGGGUCCUCCUGGCCUCCCUGGACUGCCAGGUAAACCUGGGUUGCCUGGCAUCCAAGGUCAGAAGGGCAGUGAAGGUCCUACAGGAAGAGACGGGCAGCCAGGCCUGGAUGGCUUCCCUGGCCCUCCGGGACCAAAGGCUGAAAAAGGUGACAAAGGAGAGAGGGGUGAACCAGGUCGAGAUGGCACUGGACUCCCAGGUCCACCAGGUCCACCAGGACCACCAGGACAAGUCAUCUACCAGACAUCUGACAACUUUGACGGUGUUGCUGGCAGAGCUGGGCGUCAGGGUGGGCCUGGUUUACCUGGUCAAGCUGGAUUUCCUGGUCCUAUUGGACCGAAAGGUGACAGAGGAGACCCUGGUCCUCCAGGCUACGCAGUGAAGGGUGAGAAAGGUGAGCCUGGCUUAGUAAUCGGACCAGAUGGAAAUCUUCUGUAUCUGGACGGGCUGAGUGGUCCGAAGGGAGACAGGGGGCUUCCAGGACCUGUUGGACCAACUGGCCAGUAUGGGCCUCCUGGAUUCAAAGGUGAAAUAGGAAUGCCUGGAAGACCAGGUCGCCCUGGUGUGAAUGGAUACAAGGGUGAGAAAGGCGAGCCAGGAGGUGGUACUGGCUAUGGCUACCCUGGAGUCCCUGGGCCACCAGGACCACCGGGACCACCUGGACCCCCUGGUCCAGCCACUCCUAUAGAUCGAUUCCAUCGUUAUGAUGACACUUCAAGGAAUUACCCAGCAAUCAAAGGAGAAAAAGGAGAGCGUGGUGAUCGUGGACUUCCAGGAAUCCCAGGAACAGGCUCUAAUUUCGAUAUUUACACAUUUAAGAAUGAACUAAAAGGAGAGCCUGGAGACUCAGGUGUCAAGGGAGAAAAGGGAGAGCCUGGUGGUGGAUAUUAUGACCCACGUUUUGGAGGAGUACAGGGCCCACCAGGGCCACCUGGCAACCCAGGUCUACCAGGUCCAAAGGGAGAGUCUAUAGUGGGCCCUCCUGGACCACAGGGACCUCCAGGGUCACCAGGGGUUGGAUAUGAUGGGCGUCCAGGUCCUCCAGGACCACCUGGACCUCCAGGACCCCCAGCAUCUCCAUCACUUCCAGGACCAUAUAGACCCAAUCCCUCUGUAAGUGUCCCUGGACCUCCUGGUCCCCCUGGCCCACCUGGAAGUCCUGGUCUCUCUUCUGGGGUUACAGUUUUGAGGUCAUAUGACACAAUGAUUGCUACUGCCAGACGUCAAGCAGAGGGCAGCCUCAUCUACAUCAUAGACAGAGCAGACCUUUAUUUGAGAGUACGCGAUGGACUGCGACAAGUCAUGCUCGGACAGUACAGUCCCUUCUUCAGAGAUUUGGAGAAUGAGGUGGCAGAAGUCCAGCCUCCACCUGUGAUUCUGUACCCCCAGUCCCAGGACCAGUCACAGAACAACGGAGCAGGCCAUUACUCUCAGGGUGGUUCUGCCAUACGACCGCUUGAGCCUCCACCACACCCACCUGUAGAUCCCAGAUACCCUCCACAGUAUGAUCCCAGAUUCCCAGACCAGAGACACACAGGUCAGACAGAUGGAAGAUUAGCCACCCAGCAGACUGAGAAUAGACAGCCUGUGACUCCAACGCGACGACCCAGCCCACCUGUACCAGGACCUGCUGCAUCAGGAUCAGCACUACACCUCAUCGCCUUGAACGCCCCUCAAACUGGUAACAUGCGGGGAAUUCGUGGUGCAGACUUCCUGUGCUUCCAGCAGGCUCGUGCUGUGGGUCUGAAGGGAACCUUCAGAGCCUUCCUGUCCUCCAAGCUUCAAGACCUCUACACCAUUGUCCGCAGGUCGGACAGGGACAGCUUCCCCAUCGUGAACCUCAAGGACCAAGUGUUGUUUAGCAGUUGGGAGUCUAUCUUUGGUGACAACGCCAGCAAAAUGAGGGAGAAUACACCUAUCUACUCCUUUGAUGGCAGAGAUAUCCUCAGAGAUAGUGCAUGGCCUGAGAAAAUGGUUUGGCAUGGAUCAAGCAACAAAGGCCACCGGCAAACAGACCGCUACUGUGAAACAUGGCGGGCAGGCGACCGCGCUGUAACUGGUCUGGCAUCAUCGCUACAGAGCGGCCACCUCCUGCAGCAAAGCUCCAGCAGCUGCUCCGGCUCCUACAUCGUCCUCUGCAUUGAGAACGCACUCACAUCACCCUCCAAAAAAUAAAUCCCAUCCGUCCUUUUUUUGUGUUCUGUUUUUUUUUUUUUUUUUUUUUGUCCAAGCAGACAUGAUUUUUGUCUUUUUAAUUCCCAGACAACGCAGCUUGUGAACAUGCGGCGUCCAGUGAACUGGCCCUGUGGCACUUUGCCUGGCAGGGACGCUUUGCAUCGCCAGCUCCUCCCCUCCAUAUACGCCAAAGAGAUGGUUCAAACAGAGGGGCGUUGGUCCUUUUUCUCGGGGGCAUUGGCACAUAUUUUCUUUAAGGGGCAGAACAACAGCAGAGAAGCUAAAAGCAUUCUCAAAUUGUAUCCCUUUUUAAAAAAAAAAAAAAAUUCUGUAUAUUACAUGUUUGUCAUUUGUGUUCUUUUUUUUGACGUUAUCAAUGUUUUACCUUUUGAACUGUUUUUAAAAAUGUUAUAUCCAUCCUGUUAUUGUUUUUUUUUUUUUUAAUUAUUUUAGGUAUUGAUCAUUUCCACAUUUUUUUCCAAUUUCAGUGUAGAAUUUUGGGUUAUGAUGGGGUACAGCAAACUUUUGAGGACUAUUUUAAAGUUAAAAAAAGAUAAUAGAUAUUUAUUUUUAAAUGAAGUUAUGUAAGAACAAAAAAAUAGAAAAUGUAAAAAAUGCUAAAUACCCUCAUUUAUAUUUUACACCACACAGAACAUUUACUCCUUUUUUAUCAAAAGACCCUCUGAUCCGAAACUGUGCCUUAUCACACAUGGACUGCUUUACACAAUAAGCUCAUAUAGUGAAACACUACUUGUAAAUGCAUUAUUCUGCAGAUACAGAAACGCUGCGGUAGUUACGUGCCUGUUAUGAAUAAUCCCACAUCCAGGGGGCAAGAUCCUUUCUAGCUAAAACUUAUGAUUCUAAAAUGAUUACAUCCCGUUUUGCCACAUUAUCAAAAGCUAUCAGUGAGUAAGCUGGAGAUGAUUAGUUUGCUGCUAAUCUUUGUCGCAGUGAUUGCUAUCAUGAUUGUUAGGGACAGGAAGACCAGUAUAUUGAGGAGAAAGUUUUUCCAGUAGCCUUGCAUGAAAUUUCAGAGACUAACUUGGCCUUGGUGCUACUGAUGUCUUAACUGAACAUGUGGAAAUCCAUUUUUUAAAUAACAAAUUGCAUUGUACUGUUUCUCCCAGGCACUGAAUUAAAGUCUUUUUCAACCAGUACUGUACAA